UUACUGCCCUGCCGCCGACUAAGUUGCAUUCCUUGAAUCUUCGCAGGAAAGACAAUUCUUUAAUCAGAGUUAGUAAUGUGGACAGUACAAAAUCGAGAGAGUUUGGGGCUUCUCUCUUUCCCUGUGAUGAUUGCCAUGGUCUGUUGUGCACACAGCGCCAAUGAGCCCAGCAACAUGUCAUACGUGAAAGAGACAGUGGACAGAUUGCUCAAAGGAUAUGACAUUCGCUUGCGGCCGGACUUUGGAGGGCCCCCUGUGGACGUAGGGAUGCGGAUCGAUGUCGCCAGCAUAGACAUGGUCUCCGAAGUGAACAUGGAUUAUACACUCACCAUGUAUUUCCAGCAGUCUUGGAAAGACAAAAGACUUUCUUAUUCUGGAAUCCCACUAAACCUCACAUUAGACAACAGGGUAGCUGACCAACUCUGGGUGCCAGACACCUAUUUUCUGAAUGACAAGAAAUCAUUUGUGCAUGGGGUUACCGUGAAAAAUCGAAUGAUCCGACUGCAUCCUGAUGGAACAGUUCUCUACGGACUCCGGAUCACAACCACAGCUGCAUGUAUGAUGGACCUACGAAGAUAUCCUCUGGAUGAACAGAACUGCACUCUGGAGAUUGAAAGUUAUGGCUAUACCACUGAUGACAUUGAGUUUUACUGGAAUGGAGGAGAGGGAGCAGUAACAGGAGUUAAUAAAAUUGAGCUUCCUCAGUUUUCAAUUGUCGACUACAAGAUGGUAUCCAAGAAAGUGGAGUUCACAACUGGGGCAUAUCCACGACUGUCACUAAGUUUUCGUCUCAAGAGAAACAUUGGUUACUUCAUUUUGCAAACCUACAUGCCUUCCACACUGAUUACAAUUCUGUCCUGGGUGUCCUUUUGGAUCAACUACGAUGCAUCUGCAGCCAGAGUUGCACUAGGAAUCACCACUGUGCUGACAAUGACAACCAUCAGCACCCACCUCAGGGAGACCUUGCCAAAGAUCCCUUAUGUCAAAGCGAUUGAUAUUUACCUGAUGGGUUGCUUCGUGUUUGUGUUCCUGGCUCUGCUGGAAUAUGCCUUUGUAAAUUACAUCUUCUUUGGAAAAGGCCCUCAGAAAAAGGGAGCCAGCAAACAAGACCAGAGCGCCAAUGAGAAGAACAAACUGGAGAUGAAUAAAGUUCAGGUCGACGCGCACGGCAACAUUCUGCUCAGCACCCUGGAAAUCCGGAACGAGACGAGCGGCUCGGAGGUGCUGACGGGCGUGAGCGAGCCCAAGGCCACCAGCAUGUACUCGUACGACAGCGCCAGCAUCCAGUACCGCAAGCCGCUGAGCAGCCGCGAGGGCUACGGGCGCGCGCUGGACCGGCACGGCGCGCACAGCAAGGGGCGCAUCCGCCGGCGCGCCUCGCAGCUCAAAGUCAAAAUCCCCGACUUGACUGAUGUGAAUUCCAUAGACAAGUGGUCCCGAAUGUUCUUCCCCAUCACCUUUUCUCUUUUUAACGUCGUUUAUUGGCUUUACUACGUACACUAAGGUCUGUCCUCACGGUUCGUAAACGACUACUCUCCUCUUGAUUCUUAACCCCACAGGCGCCCCCACCUCCGCCCCC